UAGGCGUAUCCAAUUUUAUUUUUGUUGCUGACAUCCCUACUAGAUUAGACGUUUCGUUUUCGACCAGCGACAUUUUUCGUCGGCUGGUGAUCUUGACCAAAAAACCCAAUUAAAAACCGCGAAGAUGUUGGGUCGCGUAGCGCCAGCCGCCGCCCAGGUGACCGCUGUGGUCAACCUACAGCAAAAUAGGAAUAUGGCGACUCUAAAGUCCAUUUCCAUUCGUCUAAAGUCAGUAAAGAAUAUUCAGAAGAUUACCCAGUCCAUGAAGAUGGUGUCAGCUGCCAAGUACACUCGUGCUGAGCGUGAGCUGAAGGCAGCCCGCCCCUACGGAGAGGGUGCUGUCCAAUUUUACGAGAGGGCUGAGGUAACCCCUCCAGAAGACGAAAACAAGCAAUUGUACAUUGCUAUGACUUCUGACAGAGGUCUGUGCGGCGCGGUACACACUGGUGUGUCCAAGGUGAUCCGUACGCGGCUCAGCGAGCCCGGCGCCGAGAACAUCAAGGUCAUCUGCGUCGGGGACAAGUCGCGCGCCAUCCUGCAGCGGCUCUACGGCAAGCACAUCAUCUGCGUCGCCAACGAGAUUGGUCGUUUGCCGCCCACUUUCACUGAUGCCGCGAAGAUUGCGUCCGCCAUCUUGUCGUCUGGCUACGAAUUCGGUUAUGGCAAGAUCGUUUACAACAAGUUCAAGUCUGUCGUGUCGUAUGAGCAGUCCAACCUGCCGCUCUUCAGCCAGAAGUCUGUUCAGUCCGCCCCAAAGCUGGCGACUUACGACUCUUUGGACUCCGAGGUCAUCCAGUCCUACAUGGAGUUCUCUCUCGCCUCGAUGUUGUUCUAUGCUCUGAAAGAGGGCGCUUGCUCCGAGCAGUCUGCUCGGAUGACCGCUAUGGACAACGCUUCCAAGAACGCCGGAGAGAUGAUCGAUAAACUGACUCUCACAUUCAACAGGACUCGACAGGCCGUGAUCACCAGGGAGCUCAUUGAGAUCAUCUCCGGUGCCGCUGCUUUGGAUUAAAGCAUUAUUUAUUUAUCACAAUUCAAUAUUCAACCCCACUUAAUCGAUCGUAAAACUUUUGGUAUUUAUUUCCCGUGAUGGGAACAUGUAUUUAUGAUUUAAAACCAUAUAAAUAACAUGGUUUUUUAUCUCUGUUCAUUAAUAUAUUUAUUACUGCCGUUCUAACGCAAUCAAUAGGAAAUGUAUAAUACUGUGCCGACAUUCCCAAAUGAGUGUUCGUAGUUUAUCCGUAAAAACACGCAUUUAUCGCUCACUGGCUUGAACACCUUUUACCGAUGCUCUGGGACACUCGUUCGAUUCCGAUGGUUUGGAAAUACGUUAUGUAAGGUAUACAGUGGUGGUUAGCAAUAAAGGUUUUGUUUAGAUA